ACGGUGUGUUUGUCAACUCAUGAACGCCGGUGGGUCAUCAUUUAACAACUUUUAUAUUAAUAAACCGAUUUAAUGGGAGAACUCAUGAACUAUGGAUCCUUCAGAUGAUGGCGGGAAUUACGAGUCAGCUUUAUAGCGAUACAGUAAACCUGCGUCACUACAGGAGCUCUGUGGUCGUCUGCUGGUCAUGGCUGUACUGAGGUCAUUUGUGCUGAAAGCGGAGAGAUGGAGAUGAUGAUGAAGACAUGAUGGUGUAGUUUUUGCUCUCCGUCAGCAUGUUGGCAUCAGUGGUGUCCGGCAGUAAUGGAGGGCGAAUGCUGACACUGAAGGGUGUUGAUCCAGAAACAUGCAUGAUCGUCUUCAAAAACCACUGGACGCAGGUUUUGAGAAUCUUGGAGAAGCAUGACCCGGUGCGCUGCGCUGGCGUUGGUCUGUCCAGGAGCGGGAGUGGCCUGCGGUUCGGUCCAAUUCCUGGCGACGAGGCGAGCGCCGUGCAGAACUACGUGGAGCACAUGCUGUUCCUGCUGAUGGAGGAGGAGUGUGGUCAGGGCGGAGCCAUGGGGACCAUCCUGGAGUUCGUUGUGGUGGAGAACGUGAUGGAGAAGCUGUUUCUGUGGAGCCUGCGGCGCGAGUUCACCGACGACAUGAAGCUGGAGCAGCUGCGCAUGUAUAAGAUGCUGGUGGCUCAAGCCAAACAGCCACUACUGCACCACAAACCCAUCCUUAAACCUCUGAUGAUGCUGCUGGCGGCGUGUUCCAGCUCCUCCACUGUGGGUCCUGCAGCCUCCGGGAAAUGCAGCUCUGCGAUGGGGCCCUCCUGUGCCAUGGGGCCCAUUCAGGCUAGUAGUUGCAGCUCCGCGAUGGGGCCCACCUGCACCGCGGGGCCCUCCUGUACCAUGGGGCCCACUCAGGCCACCAUCAGUAGCUCUGCAGUGGAAACAGAACUGGUUUCCCUCCUGAAUCAGCUGUGUCGUGUGCUGGUGAAAGAUGCCUCAGUGCUGGAGCUGUUUUUCCACAGUAGUCAAGAUCAGGGAGCGACAAACUUUCUGAUCUUCUCUCUUCUGAUUCCGUUCAUCCACCGUGACGGGACGGUGGGCACGCAGGCCAGAGAUGCCCUCACUCUCAUCAUGAGCCUGUCGGCGCAGAACAGCCUGGUGGCCAAACACAUCGUGGAGAACACCUACUUCUGCCCGGUGUUGGCUACUGGUCUGAGUGGUCUGUAUUCUGGUCUUCCUGCUAAGCUGGAGGUCUACAGUGAUGGCUGGUUCUGUUUGGAGGAGCAGGAUUGGCUGCAGGUUCCAGCGCUGCUCCAGUUCCUCAACUCACUGCACUUCUGCAGCACCGUCUGCAAGGUGGCUCACGUGUCCAUCAGAGAUCAGCUCCUGGGCUACAUCUAUAAUGGUUUCCUUGUGCCUGUUCUGGCUCCUGCUCUUCAUAAGCUGACUCUGGAGGAAGUGAUGACGACGACGGCAUACCUGGAGCUCUUCCUGCGCAGUAUCUCUGACUCCGCCCUCCUCCAGACCUUCCUCAUCUUCAUCCUGCGUCAUCGUCAUGACAACGUCAACAUCCUGGAUACGCUGGUCAGCCGCAUCAACACCCCAUUUCAGCUUGGUACCGUCUCUCUAGCUCUGUUCCGCACUCUGAUUGGUCUAUAUUGUGAAGACGUCAUGCUUCAGUUAAUUCUCAGGUACCUGGUGCCGUGUGUUCACCUGUCGUGCAGUGAGAGACAGAGACUGACACACAGAGACUGUUACUCCAUCAGUGCAUCUGCUCUGCUCUCCAUCACACCAUCAUUCUUCAUCCCCAAACCCUGCUCAUCUCCAGCACCCGCGCCCAAACCAGACUACAUCCUAUGGUCAAAGGUCACUGAGAGCCUGCUCAGGGGCAGCAUGGGAAUGGAGGACUUGUUCUCAGUCAGCGAUACUGUCGGAUUUUCUCGUAUCACAGUUUCAGAGCCGGUGAUGGACAGAAACUAUCUCCAGUACCUGUACGACGCACGCAGAUCUGUGUGCACAUCGGUGCAUGCGUGUUCAGUGUGGUCGGCUCCAUACGACGGCCUCAACCCAUCCCCAGAUCAGUGUGAAGACGAAAAUGAAAACGAUAACAUCCCUCCACGACAAACUCCGACUCCUCAUCCGCCAUCAGAAAGCAGCUCCUCUAUCGGGACGUUCCUUGAACUUGAAUGGGACGACUUUUACGAAGCUUCGUCAGACCCCGGAGAUGCUGAACAUCCCAUUCCCGACGAACCGCCAAAACACAUACAAGAAAUGCGCAAAAGUGCCAUCAUGCUAAUUCGAGGAUCAUACAUCGAAGAGUCGGAUUUUCAGGACGACGUUAUGGUGUAUAAUUUGAUCGCGCAAAAAGAUGCGCGUGACGACCGGCGGACGAUUGUUAAAAAUGGUUUGAAUAAACAUCACGUAAAUGCGAUGAAUCAUAUAAAUAACGAUAGUGUUAAUGACGCACUGAAAACUGACGAGGAAUGUGACGCAAAUGUGAACGUGGAUUCUGCGCAACUCAAUGGCGAUGAAAGAGAAGUCGUUAAGGAUGAUUUCAUUUCUCAGUGUGUGGAUCUGAUUCAGGCUCUCGGCGGAGAUGAGGACGAGUUUAUAGAGGAUGAAGAGCGCAUACGGCGGUUUCGGGAUCUCCUGGAGGACGAGGACCAGAUGGAGAUCGGGUCCUUCUGUGAGGACGGUGAGGAAGACGAGGAAGAGGAGGAGCUGAAUAAAGCUGACCGCAGGAAACACGGGAACUCUUUUACAGGGCCGUUCAUCAGCGUCCUUCUGUCGCGUCUGGAGAACAUGCUGGAAAACUCCAUUGAAGUCAAUCUGCUGGUGACGGGGAUUUUAGCUCAGCUGGCCACAUUUCCACAGCCGCUGCUGCGAGGAUUCCUCCUGAACACCAGAGCGGCGCUGCAGGCCGGCGGACGCUCGCUAUAUCAGGUGCUGCUGUCUGUGGGCUCUCAGAUUGAGCUCUACGCCGCGGCUCAUCCGGAGUUUCCUGAUGUGGCUCGAGAAUCUGCACAGUACCUGCUGCUCAAAGACCAGGCCUUAAAGGAGCAGGAGAGCGAUGUUCAGCUGCAGGAGAUCAGAUCUGGAUGGUUCGUGAACACACACGUCUCCGGUCGUCCACACACACCUCUGCACGUCUCCAGUCGUCCACACACACCUCUCCCUCCGUGUCCUAAAUUCCCUCCACAUUUGCGCAGUCGAGUGUUUGCGACGGUUCUGUUCGCGGAGUUCCUGAAGGAGCUGGCGGCCAUCGCUCAGGAGCACUCCAUACUGCUGGAGGACUGAACACACACACACACACACA